UCUACUGAAAUGCGUACGACCGGCGGCGCAAUGUUCGCUGCCAAAAGGGGCAGACGAGUGAUGUGAAAAUUGUCAAAUAUUUUGUGCGAGGUGGUGUACCGCGGUGAACUCGUUACCGUCAGAAAAGAUCAUCGCGAUGUCCAGCACGCUGGAGAAUAAAAUCCUCAAUUUGCAAGAACGUCUCAGAGCGGAGAAUGAAUCCCGAGACAGGGACAGACAGGGCAACGAGGUUGGACCAGGAACGGGCCUUCCACCGUCGUCCACGGGAUCAGUCUCGAGUUCUGCCUCCCGACCACCAAUUCCAACUUUGAAAGUCUCACAAAUACCUCCAAAGAAGCAGGAUAGUGAAUUUGAAUCGAAGCUGCAGGAAAUCAUGAAGAUGAAUGGUAUUUUAAAUAUAAAUGGUCAGAGGUAUCAAACCGAGAUGAAAGACUUGGAACAUCUAGGAGAAUUGGGUAAUGGUACUUGUGGUCAUGUCGUCAAAAUGAGGCAUAAACCUAGUGGUGUACUCAUUGCCGUUAAACAAAUGAGACGUUCUGGCAACGCGGAAGAAAAUAAGAGGAUAAUUAUGGAUCUCGAUGUUGUGUUGAAAUCUCACGAUUGUCCUUAUAUCGUGCAAUGUUUGGGUUGCUUUAUUACCGAAUCGGACGUAUGGAUUUGCAUGGAAUUAAUGGCAACUUGUUUAGACAAAUUAUUAAAGAAAACUAGGCAGGCAAUGCCGGAAGAAUUUUUAGGAAAAGUUACAGUAGCUACAGUAAAAGCAUUAUCUUAUUUGAAAGAGAAGCAUGGUGUGAUUCAUAGGGAUGUGAAACCUAGUAAUAUACUUCUCGACGAGAGGGGAGGAGUCAAGUUAUGUGAUUUUGGUAUAUCUGGAAGAUUAGUUGAUAGUAAAGCAAAAACUAGAAGUGCAGGUUGUGCUGCUUAUAUGGCACCCGAAAGAAUUGAUCCUCCGGAUCCAACAAAGCCAGAUUACGAUAUAAGAGCAGAUGUAUGGAGUUUGGGUAUCACGUUAGUAGAAUUAGCUACAGGAGUAUUCCCUUACAGAGAUUGUAAGACUGAUUUCGAGGUACUGAGCAGAGUAGUACAAGACGAUCCACCCUCCUUACCACCAGAUGGAAAUUUUUCACCUGAAUUUAGAAAUUUUGUGAGUUGUUGCCUUACAAAAAAUUACAAACAUCGCCCGAAAUAUCACAAACUCAUGGAACACCCUUUUAUCCGAAAAUACGAUGUACCUCAAGACGAAGAAAAAAACUCGCCGGUCCUAAAUUCUGGCUGCCAAUGGUUUGGCAGAGUUAUGCGGCAAUUAGAACCAAGUUUCAGAUUGCCAGGCUGGCAGCAGCGAGUUACGGGUCAUGUAUCUUUAAAGCAAACAGCUCAUCUCAGGGCUCACUCUGAAGUACCAGCUUUCCUACGAAGCAAUGUCACCAAAGACUCACAGAACUCCACCAACUUUCUCCCCUUUCAUCAACGAUCAAAUAGUGAAAAUGGUGCAAACUACGUGUCUUAUAGUCCGUACGCACUUAGACGGAAGGAAAUAAUAUCGAGGCCGUUUUCUCCUCCUUCGUCGAACGACGUCGACGCAUCGGAAACAAAUUUUCAACGACCGUACUCACCGUAUAGGCAAUAUGUCGAACAAAAGCGGGAUUAUACAGCGAAUCAUUGUUCUACCAACGGACAAGGUAGACAAGAAGAAAGACCGUACUCUCCUUAUCGACAAGACACCAAUACGAUAGACUCUGGGAAUAGACUUUAUUCGCCCUAUCAUGGACGAUUUACGGAAGAUCGGGACACGAGCAAAGAACGAUGGCAGAAUGUCUCUAGAUCUCUAAGUCCGUUCGCACGUGAUUAUUCACCUUGGAGGAGAGAGAACGUGGAUCCUCCAAACGUGAUACAACCGACCGAAAGUGGCCGUUACUCCCCGUUUCUUCAACAACGACUAGGACAAACUCCACCCGUGCCUCAAACUCAUCCGCAAGCGCAAGACAUUUACGGUAGUCCUAUGAUCAGCCGUAAAAGGUUCCCGUCUGAGCCGCCUCCGCAAGGAUCUCACGGUUCUACCAGUCCCGAACUACUGAUAUCUCGUUUUGCUCAUCAAUUAAAACAAGAACCAUCGUCCGUUGUACCACCGGUUCAAGGUGGAUCGAAAGAAUCCGCCAAGAAACGUUUUGCUUCUUACGUUCGUCUCAGGCUCGGAAGCGACCGUGCUCCUUCGCCGGAGCCACCGCCGAGAUUGAGCCGCGGAGAAUCACCUCUUGCCCUUAGAAGGAAUUUAGUAGGUCAAGCCUCUCCAUCUCUCGCACGGAGGCAUAUUUCGUCUUCUCCACCUCAACCACCUCCAAGAAGAUUGUCGGAGAGCAGUUCUGUGCCCGGUAGCCCGCAACAUGUGCGAGCCCGGCUACGUUACACCCCCGAGCCUCAGAGAAGACCUCCGCCACCAUAACCCACCGUUAUGAUUAAAUCGUAUUCCUUGUUGGUGCCAUAUAAAACGAUAAAAGUAACUGAAUUAAUCACAUGUACCACGUAGAAUGGUAUCGUAAUCAACGAUGGCCGUGCACAAUCGAACGGGUCGUGAUCAGUGCACAAGUGUGCUUGAAAAGUUGGAAACCAAAAAAAGAAAAAAAUAUAGUUGUGUGUAAUACUCGGUGAUACCGAAUCGUGGCGUACAUACGUACUUCAAACGAGGGACUCGAUACACGUAUUAUAUACGAUAUCGUUAUCGAAAGUGAACGUUACUCGUGAGCACGAGAAAAAGCAAAAAAAAUGUUUAGACUCCUAGAUUUGAGAGGACGGUCUUUGGAAUUAAUUUUCACACGUUUACUCGUGGCUGUAACGUAAAAACCGCGUUGAACUACUUUGUCAAUAAUUCUCUUUAUCGACGUGUAUUUAUAUUAGAAUGCAAUCACUGAUGCAAUACGAUGCUCAACUUUUUAUAAUGCUUGUAAAGAUAUAAAUAAAUGUAGUAUGUUCGACGUUUUUUCUAGAAAAAGAAAAGAAAGAAAAACUUUGAAAAAAAAGAAGAAAUCGAAAGGAAAAGGAGAAAAUCGUUAUUAGGAGAUGCGGCAUCGUACUGAACGCGUAAACCGUUCCUAUCAUUCUUCGUUUACGCUUCUUUUCUUAUGUAGAGACGCGCGUGAGUAUACGAAAAAGAAAGGAAAAUAAAAAAAAAUCGAAUUUCCGCAGUCGCGGUUCUCUCUUCCUCGUGCGGCCUUGCAGCGGUCUCUGCAACUCGACUGAGUAAACAACAGCGACAUUUUUUUCACGCGUCUCAUUGUCAUCUGUAAAAUAAUGAUACCAAAUCGCAUGGCGGCGAUCGCAGUCAGGAUCGAUGGAGCGAAAAGGAAACCAAAACGUAACGAAGCUAUUAAAAAAAAAAGAAAAACGACGUCUCCGUAAGGAAAGCACAAUUAAUUCACGUCUCCUAGAUUCUACGAGUUUCAACAAGUGUACAUUAUUUAAAUAAGAAGGCGUGUCUGGGCUAGAACGUUGUAAUUAUUAUUUUUAAUUAACAUUUAUUCAUUAACUUUGUUCAGUCUACACACGUAAUCACCCUUUGUCGCUUAUUUGACAAAAGGAUCUGUUGCAAUGUAAAUAAACUUAUAUUUAUACGACAUCA